AGAAAUGUUUACUGGGCCGACUAAUACCCCGGUAUUGGGCCAUAAAACGCCCGUCCAAGCAGUGCCAGGGGUUGGGCCGCUGAAGCUGAGAUAAACUCGAGUUCUUAUCAGCUUCUAACACUGUCCUGAAUAUAAGUAUCCCAGCCCGGCGUUUCGUUGAAACCGUAAGUGCUAGGACCAGGCGGCGGCGGCGGGUGUACCAGACGGCAGGCUAGCUAUCUCAACCCAACAAAACCUAGAUCGACGGCGUCUGGCGGCGGGGGAAGACUAGGUGAGUACGCCCUGUUAGAUGGAGGUGGUCGGGCAAUCCGUGCAGGAGAUGGAUAGGGAACAAAUGGAGGUGGUCGGGCAAUCCGCGCAGGAGAUGGAUGGGGAACCGAUGAAGUUCAUGGUGCAGUAUUCUGGGUUGCAGAUUAUGAGGGAGAUCAUCUCCCUAUGGAGAGAGCGCAUGGUGUUGGUUCGCGCUCUUUCUCGCUCUCGCUGGAGCGCUCGCGGUAGGUCUUCUCGUGGGAGGUUUGUUUGGAGGCCCAAAAAGCAGCACCUGGCCAAUCAGGAUACGCGGAGGAUGAACUCGCAAGUCAGUUCCAUCUCCGAGCAGACAGUGUCCGUCCAGAAGGGAAUCGAUUCGAGCAAGAUCAAACCAGCCUUCAUAGUCGAAUCCAUCCCGGAGCAGGUAUAUUUGCCCUACGGUGCUAGGGACCAUGAGGAGGCCUUUGAUUUCAUCCUACACGAGGCUCAGGUGUUGUGCUACCAGAUGCAAUCUGUGGCAUUGAUGCUGAGGGAAAACAGUAUUCCCAUCUCCUUGAAGAAGAUCAACAGUGUGGCGUCCAGAUUAAUGGAGCUCUCCGUUCAUAUAAGCUUGACUCAAUCCAGUAAAUCAGGCGGAAAGACCUGGUCGGAGAUGGUGGGUGAGGAGAGGAUUUCUUUCGCUGACUACCGGAUCUGCUGGGAAUCUACAUGGGGCAGCAACACUGAACUGUGCGGUGGCUUCGAAGAUACAACCACAUUCAGCCCGAUGCACUUUACACAGUGCACACCUGGAAUACCCCAAUUAGCUUCUGUCACCGGGAGCACCUUGCAGAUAUAUACCAUCAAAAUUGCUGAACCAAAUGGCAAGUUAGACUGGCCACUCUAUGUGUACGGUGUGGUUGCUGCCAGAGAUACUGUGGACAACAACCGCAACCUUUUAUUCUGUCGAUCAAGGGCUAACUGCCAAAUGCUCACUGAAGAAGAUUCUUUUUUGCGCUUGACUGGCCCGUCUCGUGCAAUUUUGGCUGUGGACCCUGUUAUCUUUGAAGUUGAACUAAGAAUAAAAGAUGGAGCAGGUGAUAGAGCAUUGAUCACUGAGCACUACCGUUAGUAUGGCCGUCGUCAUACAGUUCACAUUGGCCGCCGCUCUUGUACAGCAGAGUUAAGCCUUGAGCUACUUGAUAAUUCGGUCCAAGCCACUAUCUUGGGUGUUCGUGUUGUUGAUGUAGCGUCGUGGCCUUUUGAACAUGGAGGCCGAGUUGCUUGCUAUUCACGAUCUGCAGAAGUUAUGGCCAUUGAUAGUCAGGGAAUUGCAAAGGUUACUGAUCCGCGAUCUAGGCAAGUUAUAUUGCUUGAUUAUAAGGGUAAAGAAAUUCCUGUAGGAUCAAAUGGUUACCUUCAUCUGUCGAGGCAUGUUGUUUCAGUCAAUAUACUAGACACUCUGAAAGUUACUGUACAAGCUUACUCACCAUCUGGUUGUAUUGCUGCCCAUGUCUACUUCACUCCCAAACGAUGCAACAUAAGCCAGGAUCUUUGUGUCCUUGGUGAUUCUAAGGUGGAGGUUACUGUUGCUUGGUCCCGCCUUGUCCAGAACAAGAUGGAUGUCUCCACUGAGGCAAUUAUUGCCCAGACAUAGAAGGAUGGCACAUAUUGCCCAUGCAUGAAUGUUAUAGACUGGCUUUUUGUUAGAAUGCUAUUUAUAUUGAGCAGCUAUGUCAGAUGUCAAACUGUUUGUGUGUCUGCUCUAGCUUAUGUUGACUGUUUGUGUAUCAGCUCUAGCUUAUGUUGACUGUUUGUGUAUCAGCUCAAGUUUAAAUUAUUCGUGCAGUGACCAACUUAUAUGUUAUGUUGUGUGAAGGAUUCUGUUUUAAUUAGUGAGUGGUUCUGUUA